AUGAGCUCUGGGAACAUUUCAAGGAAGAACAAAAUAAGCGUAGAGAAGAGGGAGGCAAAGAAAAUAGAGAAAAAAAGAGAGCGGUCAAAAGCUGCAUUACGCGGACGCAGUGAAAACAAGAACAAGCUUAUCAAGAAUUUAAGAGGUGGUGAAGUAUACAUCUCUGGGCCCCCGUCUCCCAAAACUGAGAAAGAAGAAAUUGACCUCCGUAUUGACGUCCCCAAGCCCAUUUUCCAAGACCCUGUCCACGACUUUGACUUCUAUGAAGAUUCUACGCAUAUACAGGAUGAUGCACAGGCCAACACUGUCGCUCCAUACAAAUCUGCCGUCUCAUUAAAUGUUCUACCUCCAGAUCCCCAGCAGUAUCUCCCUCCCAGAGAAGAUCCAACUUUUACCAGAGUCGAAUUCGUGGACAAAUGCCCUGUUCCUUGGCUCACCCAGAAACCUACGUACGACUCUACGGAUAUCCCCGAGACGGAGCUGUUCCCCUCCGAGGCGCCGCGUACAGUCAGGGAGAUGCUUGUUUGGAUGGCCGGACUGCAGCACAAGAAGCAUCAAGAGACUCUGCAAAAGUGUAUUACCAACGCAUUCAAGCGCGACGAUGGUGACCCUUCAGAUCUCACACUCCCAGUCAACGGUGCUGACAUCCGCCCUCAACAUGUCAUCGACACCAUUAAACUUGUCUCCUUGUUCGCAGCCUCAGUGCUCACCGCCGUUGCGCCUGAGUGGAGAAUGGCAGUGCCGUCUGCAACGUCGACGUCCAAGGACGCUGAUUGCUGCGCCCUCCUCUGCCAUCUGCGCGACUACGCCUACGCCUGCUACCACCAGUUGGCGUUCUUAAAGUCGCAGUGUUCUCAAGUCACCGAACAAGGUGGGUGGCAGGAUUGUGCGUAUGGGCACGGCGUCUCUGCCGAGUCCCCCCUGCAAGCAUUCCUAACUGAUAUUUCCGACUUCGAGACUCACUUCUUCGACCCCUGCAACUUGUGGCUUAAGAGUCGUGUUAGGAUGGGAUUCGGGGAGAAUGAUUUGCCUAGAUCUCACGAAACUGGAAAGUGCAUUUCCAUCAUCUUCACUUCGUCCUGCGGCGGUAAUGAUCCCUUGCCGACGCUGUGCUCUUACCUCAACUGCCUCACCCGGCGGACGCCACGAACCACCGGGGAGCUUGUCUCGUUCUUCCACAACUUCGGGAAUGAGCUUCAUGAUGUGUCUCUCAAGUUGUCUCCACUGGGCUCCGCCCUCUCCGAGCCACAUCGACACUGCCCCGACUGGGACCACCUUGCUGCCGACGACCUCAAUGCCAUCCAGUACAUCCGGGGCCCCGCCCCUCCCACCUCCAACCACGACAAGGACCAUCCCAAGACCCUGUCCGCAAUAAUUGGCUGCGGCAUCGAUAAUGUCGACUGCCCACAACACCUAUUUCCAAUCACCUACCAGGCUUACGCACUCUACUCACCGAGCUUCGCCCACACCUACCUCAGCUGGGCGGUGUACCUGGCAAACAGACUGUGGGAGUCACUGGUCAAGCUUCACUGUGAUCUCGAGAAGCUUCAAUGUCACGACUCCAAAUCCAAUCCCCUCCACCAGUGUGACAAGGCCCUGCCCCUCCUCUACACUCACGGGUUCACUCCGCCGGACGGGACGUUGCAGCCGUCACUCAAGUGUUCACAGCUCAUCGCCAAGCUGUGGGAAGUGGUCGCCGGACAGCCUAUCGCAAGCCUCAUGACCGCCAUGGACGAGUUCCUCCACAGAAUCCGUGCCCCCUUCCUCUUCACCCUCGUCGCACUCUGGCUCAUCGCCACGCUCUACAUCCUCGUCAUACUUUUCUACCGCCUGGACGUAUUGCGCAUACGAUCUCACCUCCUCACCACCAAGGCCUCCCACAACAUCGACGUCAAGGCUUUACUCGCCGGCAGCAGGAGAAUGCUCUCGCUCUACAAGGACGUCGACUACUUCGACGAUGACUUUCACUCAUGA